CCAGGAAGAAGGCAGCCAUUAGCCAUGCGGUCAUGCAGGUGAAUCUGAACCUGGCUCUCUCCUCAUCUCCGCAGGCUCCAUGAGUGCCCUGCCUCCAGAGGAUACAACAACCACCUCUGGACGAUGCGCCUGUGCCCAGUGCAUGCAUCUCCAAGCUGUGUGAAAAGGUCAUGCGGGACCUGGCCAAAGCCUGGCUGCAGCUAAGACACAUGAUGCCACAACAGCCUUUCAUCCCAGAACAGUUCCCCAGGCAAAAGUGAUGCUCCGGCCCUGUUGCAGGAACUGUGAUGGUCUCUAGUAUCUUCCUGCACAGACCUGUGCCGUGCAUACAGAACGGUGUUGAUGGUGGAGAGCAGCUGCAGAGCCACCGUGGGAAACACUGCCGGAAUGGGUGAAAGCGUCACAUAUGCUGAGCUGCAGUUCUCCAAGGCCCCCCCGAGACGAAGUGUGACCCCCGAGGCACAAGGGGAAGCCCUACAAGCCUCAGGAAAGGCCGAUGACACUCACGAGACCUUCCAGCUGUGCCCAGUGGGCAAUGCACCAUCAGAACAUGGGGCCCAGCAGCAUAGAGAGCCCUGGUGGAGCAUACAUCCCCUGACCCUGGCCCUGCUGGCAGGCUGCCUGGCCCUGCUGGCCACCACCAUCACCCUGGGGGUAUUCUACUGGCAGCAGGGGCAGCUGCUGCAGCAGGCAUCCCAUGACCAUGAAGCUAAGGAGCAGAGGCUUGGAGAUGUGGGCACUGAGCUGGAGCAGGCCCAGGCACAGCUGAUGUGGAUGCAGCAGGAGGGGAACCGCAGCCAGGCAGAGCUCCAGAAGAUCACGGGGGAGCUAGAACAUGCACAGCAGCUGGUCCAGAAACUGCAGCAACAGCUGGACAGAGCCCAGGCCACUGUGCAGUCCUGCCAGGUCACAGACUGCUGCCUGGAGACCUGGAUGCUGCACCGCGGGAAGUGCCUGUUCCUCUCCAAGGAGGAGAAGACCUGGGAUCAAAGCAAACGCGAGUGUAAAGUAAAAUCCUCUCGGCUCCUUGUCCUCCAGGACUGGGACCACGGGACCAUGCCGAGCUUUCUUGCCCACACGAACAUCCCAUACUGGAUUGGACUUAUUUUGAUAUGGGACUCCAAGUUACACACAGAUCGGUGGAAGUGGGAGGACGGCACCCUGGACAAGUCGCCUGGGAGCAGGACACGUGAUGGUGUUUUUGGAACAAUAAGAGGGGGCAGAAUAGAGAGAGGAGGCUGGUACUCUGAGAAACACCGCUGGGUCUGCGAGAGGCCGGCUGGCCGCCCCCAGGGAACCGCAGGGACUGACCACAGGUCAUGAAGGCACGAGGGUCCCAUGACUACAAGAGCAAGUGUCCACAGCAUCGCAGCGCCAGGGACUCAUGUCCCCUUCCCCACUUGUCAACUGGGUCCUGCUCCCCCCACACACGAGGUGGGACUGGCUCUGGCUGCCCCGCUUACCCUGCCUCUUCACUUCAGCUCGUGGCUCCAGGAACCAGCUGCCACCUGCACCAGCCUGAUCCCCUCGCAGCGCCAAGGACUCAGCAUCGCCUGCUCUGGGAAACGGUGCAGCAGACAGGGCCUAGCAAAGGCUUUAGCGGAUGUUCCCAGGACGCUGGAUCGAUGCUGGAGCUCGGCUGCCAGACCCUGGAGGCCUGACCCAGUCAGACACGGCAGUAUCUCUGACCUGCCCCCAGCACACGUCGGGGUGGAGGGGGCUAAGGGAUCCUCCUCCUUUCCCAGCAGUGAGUUUAGCGUGGUGAACUCUGGCUCCUUGGUCUGCAUGGGUCCAGACAUCUGCCCAUGACCACCUGUCCAAGUGGGCUCCAGCUCUGCGGGUCACAGCUCCUGCCCUCCUUAUUGUCUGCUCCAUGGGGCCUGGCCAUUGUACCAGCCUCUGUGGUGUUUACAGGCCAGGCACAGUGCUGGGCCCCUUGGGCUGCAUAUACGAUGCCCGUGCAUGGGCCCUGGCAGCAGGGCUAGAGGGGAACCUCCCACCCCACCAGGGCUUGCACCUGACUCCCACUGCCUUGUAUGCCAGGCAAGCAUGCACCAACCCCACUGUCCCCUGGCUGCAGCCCCCUCCCCACAGCAGCCCACACUGAUGCAGGACCAGCAGCCCUGAUCCCAGUCACCGGCCUUCUCCCCUGUGCCCACCCAGGGCAGGAGGGGACCCUGGGGCCAGAUCGGGGGUGUGGCGGGCCAGUAGGGGGCGCUCCUGCGUUGAGCUGCCCACCUCCCUGCGCCCGACCACCUUCCAGGCUCCGAGUGCCUCCCUUAGGGUGUCUCCCGUCCGGCCGACCCCUUCCCUGGAGCACACCCGCUAGCCUGGGGUCCCGCUGCCACCAUCCAAGGCUCUGGACUCACUUCUGGCUCUGCGCGCCUUGGAGAACGCAGGCCUGAUCGUCCAAUGGGUACUAGAUCCAAUACCAGCACUUGGGGCACUUCCCCAAGUCAGGGGCUUAUUAGGAAGCCUCCCUUAGUCCACAGACCUAAGGGGCCUCCUUGGCAUAAUUUAGACCCACCCCUCAAUAAGUCUCCCACACCGGUCACAAAGGAGAACUUUAUUGAUUAAAGGGGGUAGGGUGAAAACAGGGUAAAAGGUAGAGCAGUAUCAUAGAAAUCUUACAGGAAUAUCAAAGGAAUCCCAUAGAGCAAACCAGGGUGGCUGAGGUAGCCGUUUAAACGCAUCUGAGUUACUGAAACUAAAUAUCUAAUCGGAUCUUUAGUAGCUUACUCACUCUCAUCGUCCAGAGGUGGUUGUUGUUUCCUCUGGAGGCAGGGCACUCUUGGAGCAUGCGAUGAUGAGGAGAGAGCCAGGCUCAGAUUCACCUGGAUGACCGCAUGGCUAAUGGCUGACUGCCCCUUCUUCUUGGACCGAGCCCUUAAAUAACCUCUCUGACCUCAGCAGCCCGGUCCAAUCGAAGCUGCCAAUACUGGC